AUGACGAGAUGGAUGAAAAUUCUCCGCGGGCUUUGUAUGGCACGGAUUCGGCAAUGGCAGACAGCUGGAAGCCGAUUUCAUCCAAAUGCAAAACGCCCCAGGCGAACUGCCAAUGUCGUGAUCGAGGAGAUGAGGAUGCUGAGCUUCAUGAAACGAGAUCGUCUCAGCGAAAAGCUUCAAAGCAGCAUUUUCGGCAUGGAAGAGGUCUACCCUGUGCAUGUCGCUGCAUAUUUCGGUGAUGAUGAUGCAAUGGACUUCAUGAUUGCCUCCCGCGCAGAUCCAAACAAGAAGACUUCCAUGGGUCGGACUGCUUUGGCAGUUGCGAGGGAGUUCAACACCUGCGGUUCACAUGAUCGAUUCAUUGCGAUGUUGAUCACGCAGAGUGAGCCUUAG